GAAAGAUCAACUCAUGAACGUUUAACGAACCAACCAAUGAAGUAGUUUUUGGGAAUGGUUAUCCAUUUGUAAGGCACUCGAACUUAUUCAUUGGUUGAGUAAAGCAGUCUUUUCACCUAAAUAAGUUAGGACAAAGGUUUUAUGAAUGAAGACAUUUUCACCAGCAGUGGUUUCCGUGUCUUUCAGUUGAGAACUGCACAGGAACGGUGGUCUUGGCCAAAUGGCGAAUCAAAUGGGGCGAGUGGUAAAAACAGUGAUAGCAACACUAAUCGUUAUCAAGUAAGGAGUGAUGUAUUGGCAUUUCAGGGCACUUCAUUAAGCACAUCGGAACGGAAACGAAACACUCCUGGUCUUCGUCAGGGACGCUACGAAGUGAAAGAAGGAGUGACGCGGCGGCCAAAUGGUAAACCCGAAAAUGACGAAUUUUCCGGCGAGUUUGGAGAAGGCAACCAGCAAAACGAUUUUGGGUUCAAUCAAAAGUUUGGUGGUGGUGGUCUUACAAACGGACAGUUUAUGCCAAACCCCUUUAACUCAUUCUAUGGCAUUGGUGGAAUCGCUGGGCCAUUUCAAGGUGGUCCAGGAAUAGGUUCUGGGCAUUAUCCUGCACAGCCUUUUAACGUGGGAGGUGUAGGAUUAGGCUAUGGCAGUGGUAGUAACGGUAUCCUAGUGGGGCCAGGAGGUCCAACCGGAAUCAUUGGUCGUCCAUAUAAUCGUUUCCCAUAUGGCGGAGGAUAUUAUCCCGGUAGUGGUGGACUACCAUUCUCAGGAGGAUUUGGAAAUCCCUACUACGGUAAUGUAGGGGCACCUUUUAACCCAGGUUUCUAUCAGCAACCAUUCAGUGGAGUAAGACCCAAUUUUUACGGACCUAAUCAAUUUGGGCCCCAGUUUGAUCAAACCAGGGAAGCAAGUAAGAAAUUAGAGAAAAAAUCUGUCUAAAGUCUAUACAUGUUCUAUGCCUUAAGUUCAGUCUGAGCUAUUUAAUGUUGAUUUGUACUUGUUCGGCGUAUUACUUACCGAUUGUUGUAAUGACAAUAAUGGAAUAAA